AUGAUGUCCACAAUUUCAGUGGCCUUGACCUUGCUGGGCCAAAGUUCGGCAUGGUCUUACAAUACCAACUCCCAAUAUAAAGCCAACAUCAAGGUCAAUGCUCGUCAGACCUAUCAAACCAUGAUUGGAGGAGGCUGUUCCGGUGCUUUUGGUAUUGCUUGUCAACAGUUUGGGUCUUCUGGUUUAUCGCCCGAAAAUCAACAAAGGGUAACUCAAAUUCUCUUUGACGAAAACAUUGGAGGUCUGUCUAUUGUUCGAAACGACAUUGGAUCUUCUCCAGGAACCACCAUUUUACCAACAUGUCCCGCCACUCCAGAUGGCAAGUUCAACUAUGUGUGGGAUGGUAGUGACAACUGCCAAUUCAAUCUCACCAAAACAGCUCUCAAAUAUAAUCCUGAACUUUACGUCUACGCUGAUGCUUGGUCUGCACCCGGCUGUAUGAAGACUGUUGGAACGGAGAACCUAGGUGGACAAAUAUGCGGUGUGCGUGGUACCAAUUGCAAAUACGAUUGGCGCCAAGCAUACGCGGAUUAUCUGGUUCAAUAUGUCAGGUUUUAUAAAGAAGAAGGUAUUGAUGUCUCUCUUCUGGGAGCCUGGAAUGAGCCAGACUUCAAUCCAUUUACCUAUGAGAGCAUGUUGUCAGACGGAUACCAGGCUAAAGACUUCUUGGAGGUCUUAUAUCCUACACUCAAAAAAGCUUUCCCAAAGGUGGAUGUCAGUUGCUGUGAUGCAACCGGCGCAAGACAAGAGAGAAAUAUCCUCUAUGAGCUCCAGCAAGCUGGCGGUGAGAAGUUUUUUGACAUUGCGACAUGGCACAACUACCAGAGUAACCCGGAGCGCCCAUUCAACGCAGGGGGAAAGCCUAACAUCCAAACAGAAUGGGCCGAUGGUACUGGCCCAUGGAAUAGCACUUGGGAUUAUAGCGGCCAACUUGCUGAGGGUCUUCAAUGGGCCUUGUAUAUGCAUAAUGCCUUUGUGAAUAGUGACACUUCGGGCUACACUCAUUGGUGGUGUGCACAGAACACCAAUGGCGACAAUGCUCUUAUUCGGCUUGACCAUGACAAUUACGAAGUGUCGUCUCGACUUUGGGCCUUUGCGCAAUAUUUCCGAUUUGCCAGACCAGGGUCUGUGCGCGUUGAUGCCACAAGCGAUGUAGAGAACGUCUACGUAACCGCAUACGUUAACAAGAACGGCACUGUAGCUAUCCCCGUCAUUAACGCAGCUCAUUUCCCUUACGACGUAACCAUCGAUCUGGAAGGCAUCAAGAAGAGAAAGUUGAGCGAAUAUUUGACUGAUAAUAGCCACAAUGUUACUUUACAGAGCCGGUACAAGAUUAGUGGCAAUAGCCUCAAGGUGACUGUUGAGCCCAGGGCCAUGAAGACGUUCUGGUUGGAGUAA